GAUCUGCUCUGCCACCGAUCAGAGCUUCUCUUACGCAUCCAGCCAACUGUUCGCAUAAUGGAUACUCCUUCUGGUGUCGCUGGUCCCGUUACUAAUAUCUCAUACGCUCGCAUCUUGUUUCCAUAUCUGACGUAUGAUUACAGUGAUAGAUCCCGCUCAGCAAAUCUUAUCCGUCAUUCUGAUGGCAGGCAUCAGUAUGAUCCAUUUAACCAACUGAAGUUUCCGAGCUCAAGUUCUAACUGCGCUACUGGUAAGCGUCGAUCCCCGGCCAAACAGGACCCAUACUUCGACUUAUGGCCUAGCGUUGGUUCCGGGAACACUGCUUCCGGUUCCGGUGCACGAACGGAAAAGUCGAAACCCACUUACGCCUCUGUCCUUACCAGAAAACCUUCCUACCCCAACUCAACUCUUUGCGGGUUUCCAGCAGUCUCUCACUUGGUGUUUGGAAAAAGCAACACAACUGAAACCCGACUGUCUUCACAACUCCUUAACCGUAACGCCAUUGACGCUGGCUUUCCGAGUAAACUUCCGAAUUCGCACCCUCGAACACACAAGCAGUUCGAUACGCAGACCUCUUCUGAAGUUCGUCAGAUUGAGUCUAAUUUUCGAAAAAUGGAACUCAAACAGCCCUCAGCUCCUUUACGGAAUGCUCGAGUCGAUUGUACUAACUCAUCAUAUGAUCGUCCGCGGUUGACAUCAUCCAAAGACCUGCACUCGAAGUGUCCUUCUCGGUGGAGCGAAAGCGCAAGUUGCGUUCAUAGUACGAAUGCGGGGAAAUUUCUGACAGAUUUUAAGGCGUCCGACUUUUCCGAAAUAAUACCGUUCUCAGAAUUUAAUCCGCUAGUCUGCGCCACGCCAAAAGUCAAACGACACCAGCCGGGAUAUUCGGAACCUCAGUUAGCUCAUAGGUCAUUGAGUCUCUCGGACUGCAGAAGUUUUACUGACAGCUCAGAUACUUCUGUGAAUGUGAAAAAGUUUAACGCUCCUUUGCUGAUAUCCAUCGAUGAUAUGAUCGGUUCGAAGGCCGAGAGCUGUUCAACUAAUGUUCAUGCUUCCGGCGGUCUUAACUUUAAGCUGAAGUUGGAUGCGAUCCGAGAAACCGGCCGUAUCGGUAAAGUACGUGAGUUGCCCAAGACAAAACGACCCAGCCGCCUCAAGCGAACGCUACUUGACGAGCGAGCAACACGCAAAAACCGAAGUCAUUCAGCCCCUGCCAUAUGUGGCAAAACUAUAGUGGAGUCGAAUGUUUCUGUACGAGAGAAAGAAGAAACAGAGGUUCCGGUUUCGCUUCAUGAGACCGAUGCUACCCAAGUCUCGGCUAAUAUCGUGCCCGAUUGCAACUUAGUCAGAGCUAGUCCCCAGGAGGAAUCCUUGAUAUCCAAUCUGUUGUCCCAGCUCGCACAAUUCCAAGAUCGAGCCUUCGUAAAAUUUGCUAACUCUCCCUUGAAACGUAGUCGUUCCAGGAGAUUUGUUUGUGGUGUGCGCGAGGUCAUCAAACAUCUACGUUUGAAGCAUGUACGGCUGGUGAUUUUGGCUCGCGACUUGGAAGGUGGUGCAGUCCGUCGCUGUGAACAAUUGAACACAUCCGAACCGUUAAGCGUAGAAAACAACCAUUUGCCCAUCUUGGAGAGGAUUAUCAUCCAAAUCUGGGAACUGGCACGAGCGACUGACCCGCCCGCUUCCAUUCUCAUCGCCCACAAUCGCCACAAACUGGCCCACCUUUGUCAUAAACCUGGAAGGGUCUGCGUGAUUGGUGUUAUCAGCUUCGCUGGAGCAGAACAAACAGGGGACGAGCUGCUAUCUAUACGAUCAGCCGUUCGCUUUUCUUCAACUCACACCGAACAGAACGAAAACUCGAAAGCGAAUGCAGGUGGAGCAGGCUAAUCAUUUGAGGCUCAACUUGAUUUUCCGCGGGACGCAUGUGGCGAAAAAUGUUCUUCCGGAAUCCGCUCUGCACAAUGGCUUGUAUCACCUUUCAAAAACUGUGAUUGUUUGUUUCUGACUUUAUUUUUAUUUUCUAGCGAAUUACUUUACUGUAUAUAUGCCAUACUCUCACUAACUCAGUUGCACGAGUCACCAAUUACACUUUCGGUCCGUGAUUAUCUCUGUGUCUACUUGAUUUUGGCAAAAUUAGACCAAUGUAUGUAAGAGGUAUUAUGUCCCCGCACCUGGCUUUCCUGAUGGGCAAUUUAACGAGCAACCAGUAUGCACAAUUAUAGCAGCCAGUUCUACUCGUGUUAACUUUCAGAGCGUCUGUGCUCCACUUUCACACUGUCUUUU